CUUACUUUCGGAAUAACGUGGCUCUUUUGUGUUUUUUGUGUCGUGAGAGAAUUUUGUUUCACAGUGUGAAUGCUUAUGUCCGUAUUGUGUGUGUGGUAUUUUUUUCUCUCGCGCCCGCAGUUCUCUCAUUUCAUCUGUACUUGCUCUGGAGGAAAUCUUCGUCCACCCACCCAGCAGUGGUGUCGUCAUCCGCGCGCGUGAGACGUCUCACAUCGGUCGGGGUCAAAGGGGGCCAUUCCGUACCUUUACCGCGGCGCGUGUUUGUAGAGCGGCGCGUUAAGAGACAAGGAGUGUUGUUUUACCGCGGAAGCAAUACAAACUGCUCCUCCAGCGGCGAGAGAAGGUUCAUUUCUAAGCCCUCCAUCCAGCGAGGCAUGACCUUCUCCAAGCGAACCACCAAAAAAGCCAUAUUAUCACUCACAUGAAAAUCGAUCAGCUGACAUCCUAACAACCAGAUAGCCCAAAAUCCACGAUAACUGUAAAUGAUAUUGAACUAAUUAAAAUAUCGUGUAUCUCUCGGUACAUUGCACCGGUUUUUGGUGCACUGGAGUGUUGAUAAAGAAAAGUUCAGAAAUAAGUUGCGUCUAUUUGUAUUGUAGUUCAUAUCUAAACAUUCUAAAAAAUAUAUUAUGGGAUGUGCCACCAACGGUAAAAAAUAACCUUUUGCUAAAUGUCACUUUCAAAUGGCACUAAUAAUUGGGUAUAGAAAUGCAACAGUACAUGCUGAUGGAUUAGGUUUAAUAAAAAAGUGUGACUAACUGGAAGUUGUUGAAUAAUGUAAAGAAUAAUGUUAUAAGAUAAAAGAAAGUAAGAAUCGAAGAAAUCGAAGUGUGAAAACAGAAAAGGUUUAAUCUGAAAUUAAACAUAAUGAAGAGUUCGUUGCGUUAACAACCAAUUUCUACUGAUUUCUUUCUGCGUUUAUCAAAAGGAGUUGGUCGAUACCGUAGUGUUUUAUAACCACUUCUAUGAGUAGUUUUUGAUCUGAAGUGAAUGAAAAUUGUGAAUAGUGUGAUUGGUGUAAACUCGUAAUCUGGUGUUAAUUUGUAUACCUUGUUAAAGCAAGUGACCGGCAUUUUUAUCCGGAAAUAAAACGAACGGCUCUGAAGAUUAAAUGUGCGAAAAAAAUGUAAAAAAGCGAAUAAACCGAUAAUCAUGUGUCUUUGACGAUUCUAAAACAGUUGGAACUCGAAAAAGUGCCAGAAUCAAGUGCGAGUAGGAAAACGCGGGGAAAUUAUUUAUCUGCUGCCGAAAAUCGCACAAUUACAUAUGUAAAACUUCUUUUACGCACGGAAUUUCGAUCUAAAUGUUUUUUGGAACAGUUGCUGAAACACAAGAACCCGUUUUACUGUGCUUUUGGCAUUCUUACUCAACAUAAAGGGCAGUAGUGACAGCAACAGUUUUUUGUAAACCCGGAAUAAAAAAACGGAAACAGAGCAACAAACACGGAACGACAAAACCAAACAACGCGCUUUUCAUUGGCCUCUCACCGGUUACCAAUCGAACCUGCUUCGGUCAGCGAUGGCGAAAGCGGAUUCUAUCCAGAAUGGAAUCAAGACAGAAACCACAGACGAUGUUGAAAAAUCGCUGGAGCUGCUCGAUAAGGUCCUGUCCGAGUUCGAAGACGAACAGGAGGUAGCACAUGCUCCGGUCGAACCAGACAGCCCCUCGCAGGGUCAUCAGUCUGAGGAUGAUGGAUACAUGAGCAUGAAUGGCCGCAGGGCAAAAUUCGUACCUGAUUUUCAACCGACUGACGAAGCAAAUGUACCCUCGCCACCACUUCCGGUGCCACCGGACGGUAAAUACUCUCCGCCAUCGCCCGAGGAAGCAGAACGAAUCAUUUCCAAUUUGCUACCAAGAAUUUCGCCGCUCACAUCACCCGCCCGCAAGACUAAUAGUACCAGUAGCAGCAGUAAUAUUACUCGAAGUCCGGUACACAGUAAUAUUUAUCACCAGCAUCAUCACAACAGCGGUCAUGCCGAAUGGCGGACUCGAAACUUAAUUCGCCAUUCGGACUCGUUGAGUAGUUCUGUCAGCGAUAAAGCCCCCUCAAACGAUGUCACAAUUAUUGCCAAAAGUCCCACACAGACGACACUGCCAAAAACUCGUCCAUCCAAUGUUUUACCUACACGUUACGCAAGUCUUCCAUGCUCCAGCCCACCCAAACAAACGGACCCGAGCGAACCCAGCGGAGGAAGUUUGGACGACGGCCGCAAUAAACUGGGUGGCAUCGGUAUAAGCGCUGUACAUGAUGCCGUCCUGCGGGGGAUGACGAGAAUGCCAGAACCAAUAGUUAACGAGCACCCGGUGACCAUAUAUCCCGGCAGAGCCUCACCUCCUAGGCGAAUUCUGUCUCGAAAUCUCUCAAAUUCAAUCGAGCGACAUCGCGAUGUUUGUCGAAAGGGAAAUUACGCAUCGGACAAUUCGUCUUCGCAGGAGAAUUCUUCACCGGAAAAUAACGAAUCCGAAAAUAACUCAUCACUGUCACCGACCAACGGUGUACAAAUCAAUAUCAAUUACAAUACCAAUUUGGUCAGUAAUCGAAUAUUCACUAGCGGCAUAGACUACGUACGACCUUCGCGCCAGCGAAUGCACCCGGACAGCGACGAGGAGCGGUUUUCCGAAGACUCGCUAGAAGAGUCAUCCUUACCGCCGCCGCCGGGACCACCAACGGUGCCUCCACCACCAUCACUGUCAGCUCCAGUGACUCCCAGCAAAAGGCACAGCAUAGCCUGGGAGGUGAAUCUGGACGAUCCAGCCAGUUUCGAAGAUCCGCUAACUAUACCAAAGAUGGGCUCUGGAUCUACGAAGGUUGUUGGCAGACGGAAGUCAGGAAAGAAUGUAAACGACUCACAGUCAAGUCUUGAGUCCACGCCAAGCAAUAAAAAAUGCGAAUCUAACGAGUGGCCCGAUCCACCCGAUAUUCCAAUUUGUAGUACCGAAGACGAAGCGGCCUCCUUAUAUUCCGAUUCGGACGAGCUGAUACCUCACAUUCCGGACAUCAGCGGUCGUGGAACGUAUAUCAUUCGGAAAGGCCGCCGAAGGCAACGAUUGGAAAGUGUAGAUUCCAACGCUAGCAAUAACCUGCCAAUCCCCGGAAGUGAGCUCCUGCCGACUACUACCCUUCCAAGUCCGGUCUUUCCCGUAUCCAUGAUGAUGCCCAAGUCAAGACAUAGCAUCGACCUUGGUCUGUCUUCCUCACUAAGCAGUAGUGGCGCGAUAAAACCCUCACACUCUGCUCCCCAGCAGCUACCAAGCUCAGUUCUUUCGCCCAGGUCACGACUAUCAUUAGAUUUAAGUUCACCUACCUCAGAGCUUUCAACAAAUGUUAGGAAAAUCACAACCCCAACUGGAAUCAUUCCGACGCACCUGCAACAACAACAACAACUUCUACAAUCCUCACAAUCCCUCAACAACAACAAUAAUAAUAACAGCCUCAACAACAACAAACCUAACCAAAGCAGCAACAAUAACUUUAGCACGACCUGUGUAAAUAAUAACAAUAAUAGUAAUAAUAAUAGUAUAGCCGUUGGCGCUGGUAGCCUCGUCGGAUCUGUGCUGACAGCAGGAAACGGAAGCGGCUCCCAGUGUGCCUCAUCGCUAAAUCAACAACAGCAGCAACCAAUAGUUUCGUCACGCUAUACCGAGUUUAAAACGUACAGUUCCACCUUUGAUGGUCUGCAGGCGCUGGAGAAUAGCAACAGUCUCAACAACAAUAACAAUAGCAACAACAGCAGCAACAACAACAACAAUAACAGCAUCAAUCGUGGUGCCGUCAUCGGAAAUGGUUCUACCGUCGUAUCCGGCUCUGACAGCGACAAUUCGCUAAUGCGAGUAUCCUCGCUGCCGACCGUUACAUCUCCGCAUCCCGGCGUCGCAACAGCCGAUGGCCUUUCCACACCGCGCCGUGAACUUGCACCGCCAAUCGAAGAAGACGAAGAAGUGGAUAGCGACACCCAACGUGGCGUGCCAUUACGUAAAAUAGAAGAUAAUAUUAGUGCUUUAUUACGUGGUGAUAUAUCUGUUGCUAGAGUAGCCGACAUACCUCCCGCGAGACGUCCAUUAGGUUUUCGUCUAGGUGUUCAUAAAUCAGAAAGUGCCAAAGAGAUGCUAUUAUCGCAAGCUGGGUUGGGGCCUUUACCACCAUCGCCACCAUCUUCUAGUCCGGAUCAGGAUAGCGAUGAGUUUCCGCCAUUGCCUCCCUCGCCUCUUGAAGAGCCGGAAGUUAUACAUCAGAUGCACGGUAUUUGCAUCACUUCGCGUAACAGGUCUAGUGCUAACAGACACGACAGUCACUCUCGAGAAGAACACCCUCCCGCAGUUCCACCACACCGUGGACCAUCUAUCAAUACGCUUAAAACAAGAUCAAUGGAUGCUGGCUUUAGCAAGUCAUACCGUAAUGGCACGCAUGCUUCCACUUCUCCCCAUGCCCCCGGAACCCUUCCUCCCGAUUUGCCCGGUUGCAAUUCUCGACGAAGAAUCAUCACUGGCGGUUAUCAGAAGCGAACCGCCCAAAGUCCACGAGAAGAAAGAUCCCUGCAGACAUCCUGUAGCCUACCAGAAACGCCAAUUUUCGCUAGAGGCAGCUGUGAUAUUCCUCGAACACCACAUCGUCGAGCGCCGGAGGUUCCUCCACAUGGCAGUGGUAGCCGAACUGCUCCGCGAGCUAACACUAACACAACCAGCAGUUUAGGUUCGUCGGUCGUCGGUAUUGGUACUUCGACUGUCGGUGGACGACAACGCAGCAUCAGUCAAGCUUUCGCUAAUGGUGAAAUGUUACGCUUAGCAGGUGGACCGGCACGCGGCUGGUAUCCGAAACAGCGACAUCCACGACCUGCUUCGACCGAGCAUCUGGACCGGCUGCAUCCGCAGGGAUCACUGCGCGCCUGGGAAGCGGGUACGGGUAGCAGAAAACCGCUCACCCUACCACCUAAUCUCACACCUAAAUUUUUCAACAAGUCACCGCGAGAGGCUUUACGUCGUGUCACUAGUUUGUUAAUUCGAAAAGGACAUGCAGGAUCGAAAGAAAAGGAAUCUCGAAAGGAAAAGGACCGGAGCGAUCGGGAGGCCUACACCUCGUCGUCUGUUUUUCUACAACGUUCCCCGGGGUCGGAUGUAACGGACUCCGGAAGCUAUUCUCAUCAUAACCAUCACAAUAAUCAGCAACAGCAACAGCACUACCAUUCAUCACAACAGACGACCCCCACGACGCAGAAAAAGAAGGGUUUCUUCAAAAGUUUAUGGAAAAAAUCUCGUCACUAUUCGCUAGAGAAACAGUAAAGGAAAAGUUUCUCUGAUCGGUAGGAUAGUAAACUGCUAACAAAUAUUUAUACACUUUGUAUCCGCGGGUGGAAGUACUUUAACCAACAAAAAAAACAACUUUAACAGCAAUCUCCAUUUAUUGGCCUAACUGAGGAAAAAAAUCGAACGUAAAAUAUCGGUUAUAACUAUUAAAGGAUACAACACAAGAUUAUUAUCGCACCAUACUAUGCAACUAGGAAAGUCCUUCUGUAAGUCACUCACUCAUUCUAAUCAAUAUUGUUACAAUCCUAGAAUAUCUUCUUGGUGCGUAAGCUAGUGGAGUCAUCCCAUAAUCCAACAUCUAACUUUUGCAGAAACAGCACAAACGAAACCAAUCGAAAAGAACCCACUUCCAUAUGACAAACGCUUAUCACAAAACAAACGUCAAAUAAAUACGACAUCAAAUUUUAUUUCCUUCAACUGCUUUAUAGCAACAGUUAGUAUAUAUAGGGCUACGUGACGGUGUGUAUCUGAUCUGUAACUGAUACGGUUGAGUUGUCAAUUUUUACCCCUUAAUUAAGGUCAACAGCAUUCUUUUCUCUUCCAUUUGUGACAUUCCGAUACUUACUCUGAUGUGUAUUGUUAUCAUUGAAAAGAGCAUACAAUUGUCGAACCAUUAAGGAUGGUACGAGAUAUGAAAUGAAACGAAAUAACCGCUCUUUCUCCUGUGGUGAUAGAGAGGGAUAAUAAGUUAACUCAAAAACUGUUCAAUUCUAUUAGAUCAUUCAUUCAGUAUGUAAUCGAUUUAUACGUAAAUAUCGCAUAGAAGAGUGUGCAAGUAAAGUCGAAACCCAGUAGCACAGACAGAAACAGCUGUAGAAGUAUAGGAUAAACAUUGCAGAAGUGAAACGCAAAUAUGAUAGGCUUACUUCAUGAAGUGCAGGAUGUUGUUAUAGACGAGAGUGACGUUGUACCGUAGUAGAUUCAGUAUGUUGUGUAUAGAAGUGAGUUAACUGUGUACAGAUGUUAGUUAUCUUUACCUUCCGUUUAGUCAGUCAUGCAGAGCUGUGUUUGCCAAGUUUUUUUGUUUUUAUUUUAUUUUAAAAUUCUCUGGUUAUUUGUUAUCUCUGAAGUUAGAAUUUUCUAAUAUUUGUUUUUGAUUCUUGUUUUAAUCAGACUGUGAAUGCAUAUUAGUUUUAACCUUUACGUCCCGGUACUAAUCUCAGUUUGACUCGAAACUCUUAGAAAGUGUAACUAGAAUUUUCCUAUAUUUAUAAAGCACAUUAGCCCAAAUAAAAACCAUU